AGUCCAUCGUCUUGUUUCGAUCAAUUGCCAUCAUUCUCGUACCAUGGCUGCGAAACCAAAGUUGAACGUCCAGAAUUUCCCCCGCCCUCCCUUGCUAGAGAAAACCCCGAGGCAUUUGGUGCUUAGAUGGAAUGGACAGACUCUAGCUGACACCAAAUCAGCGUACUGGGUUUUGGAGACUACGCAUCCUCCUACAUAUUAUCUUCCCCGAAACUCCGUCUCCGACUCUUUCAACCUUACUCAGGUCCCCGAGAAGGCAUCCCUUUGCGAAUGGAAAGGCCGAGCCACGUAUUGGGAUUUGACGGACAAGUCGACAGGGCAGACCGUCAAGAACAAAAUAUGGAGCUAUGAGUCGCCGACCCCGGCUUUCACGAGCAUCAAGGGAUACUUGUCCUUCUAUGCCAGCGGCGUGCCGUGGGAAUGCUUCGUCGACGAUGAGAAGGUGACUCCGCAGGAAGGCGACUAUUAUGGUGGAUGGGUGACAAGUGAGCUCGAAGGACCCAUGAAAGGAGGCCCUGGCACAUGGGGCUGGUAGUCUCAAGGUUCACCGCGGGGGCCAAAGCUCUCCGCAGGCCAAACAUCUGCCACCACACAUAGAUGCACUCCGUAUGUCUCAUCCAACUCUUUGCUGCUCAGAGCGCAGCGUGGUUUGGUGCCAUAACAAUCCUGAUCUGAGCCCGUGCAGGUAUCGGAUUGGGACACG